AUGUUGUUGGCCAACGUGGACAAGUUUGCUCAGAGAAUCAUACUGUGUCUCCGCAACGAGGAAUGCCAUCAAAUAAAUUCAACAGUGCUACGUCGCGUCACAGGCGCCCAAAGGACGUACUCCGCCAUAGACACAGUAAUGAUCGACGACGCCGACGAAGCGGCAAACUACCCAACAGAGUACCUCAACUCUCUGCAUCCAAACGAGCUACCGCCGCACAAGUUGACGCUUAAAGUCGGUUUGAUCGUCAUGUUGCUGAGAAACAUUGAACCGAAGCGACAAAUUUGCAAUGAGACGAGCGCCAACGACAGGCAGGACGACAUCAUCUUACCCGCCGUUGCGUUGACUACCGGUGAGGAAGACGAUUUGCCUUUUCAAAUGAAGCGGAUUCAAUUACCUGUACGGUUGUCGUUUGCUAUGACAAUCAACAAGUCUCAGGGUCAAACGUUCGACAGAGUCGGUUUGCUCCUGCCGUCACCCGCCUUCAGCCACGGACAGCUGUACGUUGCGUUUUCAAGAGUGAGGGACGCGCAAUCCGCCUGA